AUGCCCGGGUACGUAGCCCCAUAUUGUGGCCAAAAAUACCAUUUGCAAGAGUUCAAUAGGCGGCGUCAUUAUCAUGGUCCAAAGGAGUUGUUCAACCAUGGACAUUCUUCUUUGAGGAAUGUUAUAGAAAGAACGUUUGGAGUGUUGAAGCAACGGUUUCCAUUAUUGAGACACAUGCCACAGUAUGAUAUGGUACGACAAGGGCUAAUCGUUAUGGCAUGUUGUGUUCUCCAUAAUUGGAUCCAGAAGGUGCAAGAGCAUGAUGAAUUUUUCGAUGCAGAAGAAUCAAGUGACGAAGAUGAAGACGAAGAUGAAUAUGAAGGUGAAGGUGGAGGUGAAGGUGUAAGUGAAGUUCAGGGUGAAGUUGGAGUUCAAAAUGUCCACGGAAAUGAAGAUGGAGUACCAGCUAUACAACAACACGACCAUGUGAACAUGUCACGUGAACAAUUACUGCAUAUGGGACAACGACGAGAUGAGGUUAUAGCAUCUAUGUGGGAAGCAUACAACAAUAGGCAUAUGAUUACAAGUAGGUAG